CUCGGUUAAAUUCAUAGCAGAACAGCAACAAAUUGUGGCCGGCACUUCUCAUGGCUUAAUCUACCUAUUAAGCUAUGAAGCACUCGAACUAAUCAGUUUCGUGCGAGCACACUCACGAUCUGUCAACUCUUUGGCUAUACAUGCAACCGAACCAUACGUGUUGUCAGCAUCUUUUUCUGGUGAUAUUCAGUUGCGGGACUAUGAGGACGACAUGGGACUAAUAAAAACAUUUGAUACAAAAAUUUGGUGCGCGAGGUCUGUGGCAUUUGAUCCAUCCGGGGCCACUUUUGCUAGUGCUUGUGGUGUUCUAAUAAAGACAUGGAACCUGGAUUCUGGCGAAUGUAAGCACACUUUUUGUGGGCAUUCACACGAGGUGACCUGUUUGGAGUACUUCACUCGUGAGGAUGAGCUAUACUUGAUCAGUGGUUCUCAAGAUAGAACUGCGAAGAUUUGGGACUGCCACACAGGGCGCUGUGUUAGGACACUUAAAGUGUAUUCGCCUGUUCGUGCAGUCUGUUCCCAUCCGGAUCUUCAAAUACUAAUUACAGGCUCAUAUAAUGGGUCUGUUCACAUUUGGAACUCCACUAGCUUCAGGCAUGAGCGCGUACUGAAGUUAGACCUCGGUUGUGUGAAUGCUAUAGCAUAUCUGAAAGGCUCAACAAGGGUCGCUAUCGGACAUGCCUGUGGAAUAGAACUGGCAGAAAUUGGCCCGGAAGAAGCCAUUGAAUGUUAAGGGGAUGCAUGAAACGGCUAUUUAAGGAACAGAGGAAAACUCUAAUUUGUUUCUUUUGUUGCACGUGAAAAAUGUAUGCUCCAAGAUCCUUUACAAAAACUAGCACGCAUCUCAAAGCAAUCAAGAUUAAUUAUGUCA